AUGAUCAUAAUCAAACCCUUUCUUCAAGCCUUAGUGGCAAGUAUUCUACUAGGACUCUCCCUGGGACGAGCGUCCUUCCAAUCUCCACCUCACCAGCAACUCAUUUCACAGUUAUCUAACCACUGGGAAGACCCGGGCUGCGAUGGCUCUGGCAUCGUCGAUCCAGACGGCCACUGCAAUGGCGAUGGAAUCGUCGACAACCCCCAGAACCCGCGAGACAAGGAGCGAGAAGGAUUCCGAUUCGACAAUCCUUCAACCCACUGCAAAUAUGUCACGCAAAUGCACAUCUGGGACUCCUUCAAAGAUCUCGAGAAAGACAUGUCUAAAUUGUUCACCCUGAUCCACAAGAAUGUCAGCUUCACCGUGGUGGGCCACCACCCCAUAGCCGGCCAUUACAACGACCUGCUCCAUUUUUACGUCAAUGCGUUGCGUCGAGUGAGUGUUUUGUUCUUGGACCAUGCAGACAAAUUCGAGAUCCAUCCACAGGCUAUCCAUGGGGGCUGUGAUAGUGCUUGGUCGGUAUCAGAGAUUCAGUUCAAGGGCGUCAUGAACUCUGGUGAUGAUUUUGAUAUUGUAAACGUAAUGAGUGACACGGUGAGAAAACGCUCCAGGAUCGCUUGCGUCUCCUGCCAAUCACGAAAACGUAAAUGCACCGGCGACCAGCCGUGCAGCACAUGUUGUCAAUUUGGCAUCGACUGCCACUACGAUCUGCUGUCCCGCAAGAAAAAGGACGCAAGGUCUUUUAGACCGCAGCAACCAAUUCCUCCAAUAGCCAACACUACGUCCCGUAAUGAAACCAUCCCCAAGAGUCACCGUGAGGGGACUACAGGCGACUCCCCAGACAUAUCUGUUCACUCCUUGGAAGCCAAUUCAGGAGCAGCAUUUGUACGGAGGUUGGGACUCAAGAUCGACCCAGCUAAUGCCCCGAGGUUAGACCUGUUCGCCUGGAAUGUGGGUGCUCGCCAUCCGACUCCUUCUUCGAUGCCCCCGUCGUCAAUGCCCAGGGCAGUAAGCGUUGUAGACAUCAUUUCUCUGGACGAAAUGAAGCUGCUAGCCGCCACGUUUUUCGAGAAGGUAGAUCCGUGCUACGGCUUCAUCGAUCGGGACCAUCUGUUCCGCCAACUGGGCAGACGAUGGCUUUCCCCAUCAUCGGAGUCUGUGUUGCCCUACGGACCGUACGACGCCGUACUCUGCGGCGUUGCAGCAUUCGGGUAUCUUUUCUCACGCAGACAGGCACCCCAAGCAGAAUUUCAGCUGGCCGAGACUGCCCGCCUAAUUCUUGACCAGCACAUGCUCUCUGAAACACCUUCAUCAGUCGACAUCGUCACUGGCUGGGUGCUUCGAGUGGCAUACUUGCGUACGACAGCUGCUCCUGAUGCCGCUUGGAUGGCCAGUUGUUCGCUGAUGCAUCUCAUUGAAGCCACCGGCCUUCAUCUGGAGCCCUCGUCAGACACAGUCCUCGGGAAAUCGGCAGAGACGUGCCACCCAGAAAUCCGGCGGAGGCUAUAUGCCAUGGCGCGCCACCUUAACGUCUGGAUCUCUUUCGAGCUAGGGCGUUCCCGCGUCGUCUUACAUGGAGCAACGUCUCUCCCACCCACUCCAAGAUCAACUAGGGAGAUUUUUAAUCUCCUCCCAAUAUCAGAAAGUUUGGACCCAAACAAAGCGCAGGAUUCCCUAGACCUAGAGUCAGCGCUGGCGAAUGUUCUAGAUCUCGUUCACCCCCUCGCCUCACAUACCCUGGCCCAAUGCAACCUGAUGCUCUGCAUCUACCGGCGCUUGCGUGGCCUCGACUCCGUUAUAGCUGGAUCUCUCCUUGACCAAGUACUUGAGCUAGCAAGAAAGGGCCUGCAGGCCUCUCGCGACAUGAUUGCAUCGAUCAGUCCGUGGCAUCAGACCGCCAACGUACCCUUCCAGAUCAUUUGCACAUUACUAGCGAUCGACAAUCGUGCUUCGUUAGCACUGUUAGGCGAUGCGAUGCAGACACUGCGCGAGGUCGCCUUAGCGUACGAUACAGACGUCAUGAGGGAGGCCUACAGUACGGCAUACCUGCUGAUCCUGCUCCACCAACGACGAAAGGAAGAGGACACGAGAACCCUUCGAGGAGUUUUGCGUGCCAACUCCACUGCCUCGGCUACACAGGCGGAGAUCACGGAACCCACGAUCGAGUCGACUCACUCACUCGCAGACUACCCGGGGUUUUCGUGGUUGAGUGAUCUGGUGAUUGAUAUGCCAGGCCUGCAAAACUUUGAUCUUGAAAGUUUCCUGGCAACCGACAAUUCAUGGCCGCUGCCGGAGCCAGGGAUGUGA